AUGGGCACUUCCAUAGUGCGAGACACGGGCGCUGGCCUGCUGGACAAAUACGUUCCCUGUUCAGCCGCGCAUCACUCCUUUGUUGAGCAAAACUCUUCUUCUCCACGUAAAGCUGUCAAAAACGGUUUUGCUCGUGGAUCCCAGUGCCCUGCCCCUGUUUCCUUAAAAGAGUGUCGCAAAUGCCUCCUAUGGCAACUUGGCGAAAUGUAUAUGAAUCAUGCAAGCAUUCUGUGUGGGGGACAACAGGCACGACCGUGCUGCUUGAAUGGCGGCACAAAUUCCUUCAGUGCUCAGUCCUCCCAGACAAACGUCGGCGGCUCUCGUGUGGCUGCUGCUCGCAAGCGGGUCACUUCUAAGAGUGCAUCGUCCAGCGCUAGCAGCGCAGCAGCGAGCCGCCCUCGUGCGCAUGCCGCAGCAGCGAAUCAGGGCAUCUUGAAGUUUUAUACAGAGGAUGCUCCAGGAUUGCGCAUUGGACCACAGGCCGUGCUGAUCAUGGCCUUGGUGUUCAUGGGAGUGGUGGUAAUGCUUCACAUCGUGGGGAAGAUUCGUCAGAGCUUUGGCAGCGGCUAA